GUAGGUCAAGUUCAGUGGUAGUGGGGUGGAGGGGUAGGCGGUGCGGGCAGGUUCUCCUCAGUAUGUGAGUGGCCUGGCCAGUGUGUACUAGUGCAGUGGUGGCGGUCGCGUUGCUGCCUUCAGGAAUACCAUGGUUGUUAGGCUGGGCCCGUGUAUGCAGGACCCGGCAUGGGUCAAGAUGAGUUCCCCGACCCAGGCUGUGUCCAAGAAACGCAAGAAGCCAGACACCAAACCCCAGUCACAAAUCAACAAGUGCCUUAAUGAGAAGCGUCGGCGAGAGCAGGAGAACACCUACAUCGAGGAGCUGGCCGAGCUAAUCCAAGCCAGCAUCGCCUCUGACAUGAGCUCGCUCUCUGUCAAGCCCGACAAGUGCGCCAUCCUGCAGCAGACGGUCAAUCAGAUCCGACGCAUCAAGGCGGCGGAGGGGGCGGGGGAAGGCGCGGUGCAGCAGGGUGAGGUGUCGUCCUCCAAGCCCACGCUCCUACCCACCCAGCGGCUAGGCCCUUUACUUCUCGAGGCUCUCGAUGGAUUUUUAUUCCUUGUGAGCACCGAUGGAAAGAUAGAGUUUGUAUCUGACAAAGUGAGUCACUUCAUCAAGUUUACUUCCGAGGACUUGACGGGGAAGACCAUCUACAACAUUAUCCACGUAGGAGAUCAUGGCAAAUUCUCCUCUUCUUUUUUGUCAAUAGGUUGGUCAAGUGAAGCAGCCUGUGAGUCUUCGCGGAGCCGCAGUUUUAACUGUCGCCUCCUGGUCAAACCUCCAGAUGACCAGGAGGAGACUAUGGAAGAGAAGCAACAGCGGGUAUCCGAUUAUGAGAAUAUGCAGAUUUCUGCUGUGCUUUUGCCAUCGUAUUUUGUGGACAAAAGUAAUAGUGAAUCCUUUGAAGGGGAAGGACAACAGUGCCUAGUUUGUUUGGUUCGGAGAAUUCCACCCAACGAACGCAUACAGGGUACUCCAGUUGAACAGUUUACCACCAAACUGGAUAUUCACGGCAACAUAACUGCAGUUGAUGCAAGUGGUGUAUCCCCAAAAUAUAGUCAAUAUAUCAGUAAGGACAAAAUUGGUGAGUCCUUCACAGAACUGAUUCACCAAGGGGACGUUGGGAAGGUGACAGGCCACCUGCGAGAAACUUUGCAGUCGGGGCAAGCUACAUCUCAAGUGUACCGGGUUAAGGUUGGAGGAAAUCGCUGUAUUCGAGUGCAAACCAAAUCCAAAUUCUUCCGUGGUGCAGACGGGCCUCACCCAGACGGAAGUUUCAUGAUGGCAACACAUUCUAUUAUUGGACCUUUCCAAGAAGGUAAUGGGACAUCAGCAGCUGAUAGAUUGCUUGCUGGAACCUCGGGUAAUGGAGGAUCAGUGUUGGACGAGUCAUUAUCGGGCCGACCAAGCAGUACAGGAGGAGCAGGAGAUGACUCUGGCGUGUCCUCCCUCGGCGAAAAUACCCGACUACGAAAACUCCUUAGUGUAACCGGUAGUGAAAGUGGUAGUGACUUGCCCUCAGAUAACUCCAAUAAAAUCCUCAAGGAUCUCCUCAACCAAAAGGAUGAAGAUGAUGCCCAGGGGGGAGUUGCUGGCAGUGGAGGGGAAGGAAAUAGCACUUUUGAACGGCUUAUGUCACGUGUCCCCUCUCGUCAUGAUUUCAAACCUAAUACAUCAUCCUCUCCUGCAGUGAACCCCUCAACCAAUAAUAUGUUGAGAGAGUUGCUGAAUACUGAUGAUGACGACAGUGAAAAUCGAAAAGGUAGUAAUGAUAUAUGGGAAUUGUUAAAUGACACCCCAGAUGAAAAGAAGCCAGACAUUACCUCUGACUUCAGACAACCACAAGGGGCAGGAGGAGGCUUACAGUCAGCAAAUUCCACCUCUUCAUCACCCUCUUCCCUCAGUACCUUAACCUCAUCAUCAUCUAAUAUCUCACAGUCUACGAGUUCUGGUGUUCCUCCCAGACCCCGGAGUGCAGACAUGUUAAAUGCACCCAAUAUGCUGCGGGGUAUCAAGCGGCCGAGUGAUGAAGCUCAUGAUGGCAAUCCAAGUAAACAGAUGAUGGGUGCAUUUGAAAGUCUUUUGGGUCCAUCACCUCCUGCCACCUCCAUGAGUCCUGCACCAGUCCAACAUGGAGGGCCUCCCACACCUCAUGGUGGCCCAACAACACCUCAUGGAGGCCCUCCAACACCUCAUGGAGGCCCUCCAACUCCACAUGGAGGUCCCACCACACCACAUGGUGGACCCACAACCCCGCAUGGCCCUCCUACCCCUAUUGGUAACAAUACUGGAGGUGGUAUGGGGCAUGGAGGUCCUGGGGUUAGUCCAAACAACCAGGGUUCUUCAAAGCUUUGGGAAAGGAACAGAAUGCUUGCCUCACUUUUAGCAAAAGAAACAGUUCAUGUGAACCAGACUCAGCCUCCAUCCCAACAUGCAAACCCACAAGGUUUACCCCAGGAAAAGCUCCCAAAGGACUUGGAGAAGAAGUUGCAGACUCCAGGCCCUUGGCAGCCUCCAGGGCGAAACGAUUCUGAGAUCCUAAAUCAACUUCUCAUCAAAGGACCCAGCGUCCCCCGCUCUAAUGUGAAGGUCAACACAUCUAUGGGUCCUAAUAUGGGUAUGAACCAACAACUGCGUACAUCAACGGCGACACCGAUGAUGGGUGUUCAGGGAGGUCUCAGCUCACAAUGCCAUAUGACUUCUCAACCUUCUUUAUCUUCUCAAAGUGGCAUAGGAGUGAAUGCUCUUAACAUUAGUGGCUCUGGACCUGUAUCAGUAUCUCUUGGUGGACCUGGGGCUUUAUGUGGUAGUAGUGGAGUGUCAGUUUCGGCUUCAUCCAUGUCGACUGCAACAACAAAUACACUGCCGUCAUUUAAGGCCUCUAUGGGUCUUAAUGUCCUGGGGCCAGUGAGCAGUAGUUUUCCAGAUGGUUCCUUACCAUCCAUUACCACUUCCUUCCCUUCUGCCCUACAAAACCACAACGAUGAUUAUCUACGAGAAAGUGUCAUUAAUGAUAUAUUAGAGAUGACCAACACAUUUCCUGGUGGAACAUCACCAGAUGAAAUAGGAAUCAACCAUGACCUUAACUUAGAGGACCUUCAACGGCCCCCUACAUCAUCAACGCAUGAACUAAUUGAGAUUCAGAAAAUUCAGAACUCUCUUAUGUCUGACAUUGAAGCUCAGCCUUCUCCAGCAGUGACAGGGCCUGGAACUUUGCCUCCCUAUACUGCUGUAGCUUCUGUCCAGUCACAUGUGAGUUACCCACCUCCAUAUUCCCAAAGAACACGGUUUCCAAGUGGAGGCCCAGCGGGGGGUCCAGGUGGGGGGACAAAUAUUGGUGGACAUAUGAAUCCUGGAAAUAUGAUGCGACCCACUGCCCAGCAGUUUGCACCUGGGAGUCCAACAAUGCAAUCUCGACCAGUUAUUAAUAGUCAGCGUUUGCAGCUACGACAACAAGAGACGAGAAAACGGCUCUUACAACAUCAGCAGCAACAGGUGUUAGUGCCGUCCAACACCUCAGAUGUAGCUCAGCCUCAGCCAACUUCAUACCAAAACAUAGAUGACCUCUUUAAUAACACCGUUGCGCCAAAUGUGAAUGUCACUCUCCAGCGUAAUGUAGCAGAGUCUCAAACAUCUCCAAGCUACAGUCUGCUCAACUCACCAUUAGGGGCUGGGGGACAGAUUUCUCCUGGCCAGCGUAUUCCCCAACCCCCAUUCUCUCCGCAUGGUCAGACGACCUCUCCCCUCCCUAAUCAGCAGUACAGCAAUAGUGGACAGAUGGGUGGGUACCAGGGACCACAAGGAUCACAACUGUCUCCCAGACUAUCCCAAGGGUCUCCAGUUCCACCAAGUUAUCAACCUGGAGGUCAGCCACUACCCCAGAUGUCCCCCACUGGUCCUGGUACACCAGGCACACCUGGGGUACAAGUUCCCCCCGGCCAACAAAGUCCAGCUUGGUCGACUCCCAGUCCUCAACAGAGACCAUCUCUAAUGACCCAAAACCCGAUGCUGAAUGCACAACUUAAUACCUUUAUGAGAAAUGAGAGUGUUCGACAGUUUCCGGGUGGUGGGCGUGCAGGUCAGUUACCCUCCAUGCGUUCUGUGCCCAGCCCUAGUGCCCGUCAGUCACCUUAUCAAGGUAUGGGUCCUCAUACACCUGGAGCCACAGGACAAGGGGACCCAGGUGCCUAUCCUCCUUCCUCUCCACAGCAAGGACAACCACCCUUAAUUUAUCAACAGCAGCAACAACAACAACAACAGCAGCAACAACAACAACAACAACAACAACAACAACAACAACAGUAUCGUAUUCUACGGCCUAUAUCAGCUCCAGGGCAGAUAGCAGGUGUGCACGCCACGCGCAGUGCUCACCACUUCCCGCCAGCCCCGGGCCACCACCAUGACCCACCCGCACCCCCUCCCCACCUGCCACCAGCUGCAGGCGGCCACCUCCCCAGCCCACACACUGUACCACCUUCCUCCUUAGCCCAUCCCCAUAUGAGUCACCACCACCCUGGAACUCUCCCCCCUUCAUUAAUCGCCUCUGCUGGCUCUCCGAUGGGGCCAACAGCAGUAUCAGCAGCAGGGCCAGUGGACGGUGCUCAUAUGAUGGGGGGAGCACCAAUGGGUGGGGGUGGACCAGGGAGUGGUAUGCCAGGGCUGGUUGGAGGGGUAAUGCCCCAGGGCUACGAGGGGAGCCUCCCACCCCACCCACACAACUAUGAGGUGGCUGCCCACUACUAUGGGGCCCCUGACCCAGCCAGGACCUCUUCGGAAAACACCAAAUGGGGAGGAGAAAGUGUUAACACGAGCCAGGCUGGAGGGCUGAGCGCUUCACCCAGAAUGGAAGACAGUCGCACUAAUAGUGGGAAUGACAAGAACAAGACAGAGAGUAUGUUGAAGCACCUACUGUCCAAGUAAUCUGACCCCUGCCAGUUGUGUCAGGUCAUCCACGUGCUCAUCUGUACGCUCAUCUAUAUGGUCUUUCUAUCCCUUUUGACCUGCCUGCUACCAGUCAUUGCAAGUUGCAGGGUGUACCAUGGUAUUACUGUGGUAUUAUCUCAGAGCACAUACACCCCACUGUCAGGAAUAAAAUAUUAUUUUUGUGGUUUUAACCUCUAUGAUUGUAGGACAAAACCUAAUUUUUAACAGCUAAUUAAUAGUUUAAUUUUGUUAUGAAUAAGACAUUGAAGGAUGAUGAUAUAAAUUAUGUAUGUACCUGUGAAUGAUGUAUUGACUGUAUGGCCUAACUUUAAAAUUAACUGCAUAUACAUAUCUAAUUAUGAUUUUAAAGUGCAGAAAUCUGUAAAUUAGAUAUACUUGUAUUGUAUUUCUCAGAAAAAUUUGUUUUAAAAACGAUUUUUCAAUCUUAAAGUUUGUUUAUAAAAAAUAUGAAUUUAAAUUUUUUUAAAUACAUUAGAGAGUUAUCCAAAAAUGUUUAGACAGUGGGGGGUAUGUUAGCUCUUGUCUAGGGUUGAGGGAAGCCAAUGUGAUGUUUCAAUGCCAGAGCAGUCCUGUGAUUUAAACUUUUACCAGUACAAAAGGGGGGAAUGCGAAAAGUUUGGUGGGUACCAGGGGUUUGUGCAUCUCUAUUUCCCAUUUACCCACAAGUAAUGUGUACAUGCUCCCUACCUUGCUUUUACCAUUGAUUACAUUAAGGAAAUUAUUUCUCUUCUAGGUAUAUGAAACUCAUGAUUUACCUCAUAAUGAGAAUACUUGCAAUUCAUGGAAUGGCAAGUGUAUAUCUCAUUGCUAUAUUUUUUGAUUCUUCUCCACCUUAAAUGUCAUUUUUUAAAUUGCCGCAGUGUGAACUUGUUGUUGCGAGCCUGGAAUGGAAAGACUUUCUGGGCAUUUGUUAGCCACGGUAUUGUGAAAGUUGUUGAUGGUGUUUUACCAUCGUUGUUGGGCAGGGAUAUAUGGCAGCCAGCCAGGGUAGGUCCAGUGAAGCUGCUAGUGGCACGUUAGCUGUGGUUCAGUUCAGCCUUAUGUGCAAUUCUUACCAUUGGGUUGUGACUUACAUGUCUAGUGUACAGAGAGAUUAUUAUUCUAUGAGGAGGGUAACAGUUGCUGUUGUCAGACUGUUGUAUACUAUUGUUAUGAAUGUAAGUACCAUUAAUAUAGUUCACUUAUAUACAGAGCCUUACAUACUCAACUCUUCUAUACCAAAGGCAUUAAUGUAGAUACACAGUGUACUUGAGGAAACUUCCCUAACCCCUGUAUUUUCUUUGCACAUCACCAAGUUGAAUGUUAGAUAGCAGGAGAUGUUAUCAAGAUUAGAGAGUAAAAUAUCAUGUUAUAAUGGUUUAUUAUUUUUCUAUGAGAAAGUUUAUUGAACUGUUGUUAUUCUACAAAGAAAAUUAAUGUUGGCAAAGAUAUGAUAACUUAUUGUUGGAACACAGAAGUGACUGGGGCCAGCCCAGGGAAGAGAGCGCCAAAGGAUCAAUGCCAGCCACCUGUGGUGCAAACGCGGCUGGGAACAACUUGCUCAUCAUUCACUUACUGGCUACUUGUGGACUGGCGAGGGAGGUAGCAUGACCUUUUGGAAGUGACAGACAGUGUAGGUGUGUGUGAAAAAAAGUGCUAUAAUGUGGGGUCAUCCCUGGACCUUUUAGUGGACUUGGGAAAGGCAGCCUCCUGAAAGAAAAUUCUGCUUUACUUGGCUGAUCACUCCUGUUGAUUUGAAAAUAUUGCUUGUUUCUGGAAAAUUUCAUAAGUUACUGGAGUAAUGAGCAUAAAUGACUACUGUUGAUGACUUGUUAAAGAAUUAGCCUUCAUUCACAACAACUAAGAAAACAAUAUGAAUUAUAUGGAAGAUAAAAAGGCUAGAAACUUCUAUGUUUCCUGAUAAUUAUAAACAAUAAAUAUUUGUCAGUGUGAAGUGAUUACCUCAGGCAAACCUGGAAAGUGCUCUUAAAAAGUAACUGUGGAAAGUGGCAAAAGACAAUAUAACCAAAGUGAUUAAGUGUAGUUUAAGUGUGCAGGAGUGGCUCAUGACUCCACUAGGAAAGGAAUAUGAGAGUGCUGGCCCCAGGACUGGUGAUAUGGCUACUUGUCAGAUUUGUGGAAGUAGUGAUGGACUGGAAGUUCAGGUUAGAAAAUUCCUCUCCUGACCUUCUUCUAUAGUUAUUUCAGAAGUGACCUAGUUACUCUUUAAUUGAGCAAUUGAUACGUGAGGCCUCACAUACAGAAAAAAUUGUUAAAAGUAUAUUGAUUUAUUUUAUUAAUCCCAAACUAUAGUUCCUCUGUAGACAAGGAGCCUCGGGCACUGUGGUGCCCAUGUCCAGUCUUGUUUUCCCUCCAACGCUGGCACUCCAAGAUUGGUCAUAUUUUGUAGAGUUUCAGCAUUCAGUUGUAUGUUUCAUUUGGUGGAGUAAGAUUUUUGUAUAUAUUUGUAGUGAGUAAGACAGUAAUUAUUAUGUAACAGUUAUGGAAUCCCACUGGAAGAUUGGCUGCUUCCCUCCAAGUUGCUUUUCAUUCAUGUGGGGCUUUUGUCAUGCCGUAUAGUCUGUAUUAUCAUUGGUUUCCGCAGCUUCAUUGGUUUGCAUUGGUACGUUCCCUGUACAUUGUGUGUGUAUAGGCAAGUUUCACCAUCAUUAAGCCACAUGGCAAAUAAAAGAGAAAUGGUGUA